UCGAAUCGAAACGUCAAAAUCAUGUGAUUGUUGUUUUGCAGAAUUUUGCUGUAUUUUAGAUAAAGUUAAAUUUUAAUUAAAUAACCACUAGUAAACCAAACAAGAACUGUUUUAAAUAUUUUACGACGAUAAAAACCAUUGCAAUGACUGUAAAAUCAGCAGAUGAAGCAGAGGCUUUGCCUGACAUGGACACCACCUGUGAGCUGUUAGACAAGCUCGUACUGAAGCAACUACAUCUCAUGGAGGAUAAAAUGCGUGCAGAGGUGAACAUUGAGGCUAACUUGAACAAUGGCACUAUUCACCUGGCCAAGUCUCGCUACAUCAUGGGCCAGAGUUCCGUGAGUGCCACCCGGCUGCCCCUCGACACCAGCCCAGAGUUCUCCGCAUCUACUCUGUGUGCCUCCACCGAGGAGGAUGGAGUCACUCAGUUGAAGGUUGUAGAAAGUGAUGCUGAAAAUACUGUGAAUCCCCUGCGGUGGUUUGGAGUGCUGGUGCCACAGAACCUGCAUAAAGCACAGAGUAUAUUCCAGAACACUAUCAAUUAUGUCAUUGAGUGUGCCAACAUCCAGCUCCAACUGACCAGCAACUUGGAGAAUAUUGAAUUAUUGAAGAAAUUUAAAAGUUCAUUAGGCGUUGGGUCUGUAGAGUAAUCAGGUAAGUGUAGUGAUACUAUAUUUCAGUUUUUAAGAGAUGAUUUAUUAAUUUAUAAGUUGUAUGUUGUAAAAAUAUUUAGUAUUUUGCAGAUUGAUUAAGGUUAUAUUUGGGAUAUAAAUGAAAUGUCCAGUGUAAA